AUGCAUGAUCUUUUAAGGGACAUGGCAUUGCGUAUUGCAAAAUCUCGAUUCUUGGUAAAAGCCGGCAUGAUGUUAGAAAAGGCACCAGAUGUGCAAGAAUGGAGCAUGAAUCUAGAGAAAGUUUCGUUGAUGAGGAAUUGGCGGUUAUGUAUACCCUUGGAAAUGUCACCCCCAAAGUGCCCCAGGGUCACAACAUUGUUGUUGUCUGGUUGCUGUUUAGAGAGUAUUCCAGAAGGAUUUUUCAAGCAUAUGGAUGCACUUAAGGUUCUUGAUCUUUCCGGAAAUCCUAUCAAGAGUCUUCCAAUUUCCUUGUCGAAGUGUCCCGGGCUCACAACAUUGUUGUUGUGUCGUUGUCGUAUAGAAAGUAUUCCAGAAAGCUUCUUCCAUUAUAUGGAUGCACUUAAGGUUCUUGAUCUUUCCUCCAAUCCUAUCAAGAGUCUUCCGCAUUCCUUAUCAAAUUUGAAGAACCUCACUUCAUUGUUGCUUGCUGAUUGUAAAGAUUUAGGGAAUGUUCCAUCGUUGUCAAAUCUUGGAGUUUUAAAGAAGUUGGAUCUUCGAGGAACAAAGAUCAAGGAAAUCCCGGAUGGAGUACUUUCAAGACUCUGUUGUCUUCAAGACUUGAUCGUCGGUGAAACUCUGAUAAUUGGAAAGGAGGUGGGUGGAUUGAAGAAACUGCAGGGAACUCUUGAAGGGAGGUUUUAUGACUGGCACAACUUAAAUAUGUAUCUCCAAGAUUUUUGUGGCCGAGAAGAGCCUCGUAAAUACACAAUCUACGUGGGAGAUAUAGAUUUUGAUACGUUUUUUGAGAAUGAAGGA